AUGUGCCUACAAAUCCAGCGGGAUGCAACUCGCAUUGCCUGUUGCAAUAAUCUUUUGAGUUCCGAUACAGAGGCCUCUUUCUUUUUACCAGAAACGAAUCCUGGGGGUGGUGGUCCGAUGGGAGGGAGGUUUUCAACGGAUCUCGCUGUUGGAUCGCUGAUAACAACGUGCGUAAAAGCGGCAAUAGCGUAA